AUGGUGUCCUCCAACCCCGUCAAGUAUGACUAUCAUCCAGAUGCCGACGCCCAAGCAGCAGCCGCUGCGGCUGUCGGUCAUCGCAGUUUCUCUGCACUUCCUGCUUCCCCCACAGUCACCGCGCUAAACACGACGUCCCCCUCUGACGCCGAGGGACGCUCCAACUACUCGGAGAUCAACGACCCAUACGGGCUCGGCGCCCAGAUCAAGUCGGAAUCGGACAUUGGUCGCAUCCCCCAGAACAGCGCCCGCAAGCGUAUUCAUACCUUCACGCGGCCUCAUGCUGCGCGUCGGGAGCGUGAACUCCAAGAUUUCUACCGCACCCAGAAUGACAAGAUCCGCACGCUUCUCAAGAGCGUCGACGAUCACGAGCGCGAGGCGAAGGAGUCGCAAGGCGACACAAACCUUCGGUACCAGAUCGCCGUCAAGGGCAGUCUCGCCGCCAACUGCGUGCUCGCCGGUCUGCAGCUCUACGCCGCCAUCAGCUCCGGCUCCCUCUCGCUCUUCACCACCAUGGCCGAUUCCAUCUUUGACCCUCUGUCUGGUCUCAUGCUGAUGCUGUCCCAUCGCGCCGUCAAAAAGGUCGACCCCCUCAAGUACCCGUCCGGCCGAGCGCGCAUCUCCACCGUCGGCAACAUUGUCUUCAGCUUCGUCAUGUUUUCUGUCUCGCUCGUCCUCAUCGUCAUGUCGGCUCGCGAGUUGGCUGAAGGCUCCGAGGAGGAGACUAACAAGUUCCAUUUUCCCAGCGUCAUUGCCGUCUCCAUCGCCUUUGGCACCAAGCUCUUCCUCUUCUUCUACUGCUGGUCCAUCAAACACCUGUAUUCCCAAGUCGAGAUUCUGUGGCGCGACCACCGGAACGACCUGCCCGUUAACGGCUUCGGCAUCCUGACCUUCGCCGCCGGGAGCAACAUCAAGUGGUGGAUUGAUCCCAUGGGCGCCAUCAUUCUCUGCGUCAUCAUCGCGUCGCUCUGGCUGCGGACCGCCUACGAGGAGUUCCAGCUCCUUAUUGGCGUCUCGGCCGAGCCGGAGUUUCUGCAGCUCAUCACGUACAUUGCCGCUACCCACUCUCCUGAUAUCAAGCAGAUUGACACUGUUCGCGCCUACCACAGCGGACCGCGUUACAUUGUCGAAAUCGACGUUGUCAUGGACCGCAACGAGCGCCUUGAGAUUGCUCACGACGUCGCUGAGGACCUGCAGAUUAAAAUUGAGAAGCUCCCCGGCGUCGAGAGAGCCUACGUGCAUAUUGACUACGAGACCAGUCACAAGCCGGAACACGGCCUGAAGAAAGAUCUUUAG